GCUAUGAGGAUGACAACACAUCAAAACGGAAUAUACUUCCCAGUAAUGUGGCAUGUAGUUCUGCCUGCUUCGAGUGAAGCUAUUUUCUCAUUAAAUAAAACAGAAGUGAAGGGCAGGAAUGUAAGAGUCUAACGGAACAGUUUCCCAGGAAGGGGUUAAGUUAAAGAGACUCCUCCUACUAGUAUGUAAUGAAAUCUUAGCUAAUGCAUUUCAGACAUACUCGUAUCUCAUUCUUAAUAACGUAUAUCUAAGUCAUAAGGACCCAGAGGAAGCAGUGGGAACCAGCCAGAAACACGAUCCACCACCAUCAUGAUUUCCAAUGCCGUAAAAUCCAUGUUGAAGGAAGUAGAUUCUAACGGUACCCUGAUCCCUGUGUCCAGUCUGAACGACAGCUCUGGUAAACUGAAUCUCCUCUCACUCAUUGUGAAGACCAGGCCCAGAUGUGGAUGCUUCUGGCAGGAACCGAAAUACCAGUCCAGAGGCUUUUCCCUGAGUGAUGUGCUGAUUCCUGGAGAACCUGAAGACAACCCUUUAAACCCAGAUGUGAAGGAGUCUGACUUCGUGGACCACAGUGGGACAUUUGGUGACAAGAAAGAAAUUAACUCAGAAGGAAAUGUGGAGGGAUUGGCGGCUGAUUUAAAACUUAACUUGGGCUUAAAAAGCUUCAGCGAACAAGAGUCGUCCUUUGGCAGACUGAAGAAAGAGGAGGUGGAAGUGAAGGAGUUGGUUAACUAUUCGAAAAACAAACAUCUGAACAUGACCCACCCUGUGAUCAAGCAGACCCGGGAGAAGCCCAGGGCAAUAUUAGGGGUGUUGACGGAGAGGAUUAUGACAUCACAACCUUGCCCGGUCACAAACAAAGUCCGGAAGCGUGGCAAUGUAGGAGCCAACAUGAGCGUCCGCGUGGCCCUGAGCGUGAAGGCCUCUAUGAAGCAGAGCGGCAGUACUCAGACAGAUAGUGAUGUGUCGCUGAAGAUUCCUGAAUAUACUGUCAUUGCCUUCAGUCUGAUUGAACUCAAGGUCAAAUGCGAUGGAAAGUUUGAGCUGUGCCUCUUCGCCAACAAUGGGGGCUUUGAAAAGGUUAGGUCAAAUUACGAGAUUGAAGAGGAUGGAAUUAUGGACCUGGGAGGCGACUACGAUAUCAACAGCCCCCUAAAUCUGAACAAAGAACUGAAGAAACUGAGUGAUCAUUUCCAGCUGCUGUCAGUCCUGCCAGCAGCCACACGUUCCUCCCUGCUCCAGCUCCUCAAGACAACCAUGGAGGACAGAGAGGCAGUCAGUGUGCUGGAGAGUGUGCUGGAUCAGAUGUGUGAUGGUGAGACUCCUGACCUGGGUGAUCUGGAAGAGUCUGAGAGGGAAACAGUCCAGGCCAUACAGGAUCUUGUAGACCAAUGUGUUGGGAAGGAUGAGGACGAGAUCAGAUCCUCUCUUCUCAGUGCUGUCCACCUCAUUGUCAGUGCCAUGGACGGAAUGACAGAUGAGGGUCUGUUUGUGUUGGGAUCGUGUUGCAGUCCUCCAGUCUUACAGGCCCUGCAGAUCCUGGUGCAGCAUGUGGCAGCAGGGAGUGGAGAGACCCUCUCUCUGAGAGAUGCAGGUCUGGCUGUUCUGACUGAGGAGGAGGUGUUUGGGAGGACAGAGAGUCUCUUUGGUCACUCUACAGUUACACUGAAGAGAGAAGAGGACACACUGAGGACAGAGAUGAAGGACCAGCCUGGAUACCUUCCUCUAGUCAUGAGUAUCACUGUGAAAGGCCUGGCCUCUUUAGGAAAGAUUUAGCUGAAUAGAAACAUUCCUUGUGCUACGUAGUGGAUAUAUGAACUGCACCGCCAGGGAUGAAUUUCAGAAAUGUCACAUUUUAUAAGGUAUUGUUGACGAUUGCAAAGAGGCUUAGAGCAGGAGUAAAAAAUAUAAAAAACAAGAUAAUGCACGUGUGAAGAAAAAUGUAUAAAACAAUAUGAAUAAAUCAAUACAUCAAUU